CGUCAACCGCUUUAGCUGUCAAACCAUCACGAAAAGGGCCGGACCUGAUCAAACCUUCAUUCAGUUGCUUAUUUUGCAGCAGAAAAUGCGCGUAAAUAAUACAUCUCGCUAUAUUUGUGCAAUUAUCCACUGAAUCUAAGCACUGGCAGAAGUGAAAUCAACUAUCGAGUGCAUCUUUGGCAGAGUAACAUUAAUUAGCGAAAAGAACAACCACCCGAAGAUGGUCAGAAAAUGGUGGUGCCGCAUCAGGUUGGUCGCCCGUGAAGAAUUUGUUAUUGUGCACAAUCAACUCCCUCCACUACUGGGCAGAUAGUGCGUCGUCGUUGAUUCGUCAAAAAAAAAGUUGGAAUUUCCAGCCCUGUUACGAAGAAGUGUGAAAAGCGAAUUGGGCCGUACGUUGUGAAGAAGAAAUUGAAGUAAAGUAGCAAUAAAACCGAGGCUUAUAGCAAACCGCACGCAGGAAACACUCCACAAGUUAGUGUCUGUCGGUCGCCGUCGUCGUGGUCGUCGUUGCAGCAAGUGCACGUAGUGUGUGGUGUGUGGAUGAUUGUUUUUAAUUUAGCAACACGACACAACAACUCCUCGCAACCGGGGUGGCACCCAGUAGCAAUCGUCACCAGCAGCCAUGGCUGACCAGAACGAGAAAAUUCUUCACCGUCUGCUGCAGCAGGACGGGAACAGCAUCUGUGCGGAUUGUGAUUCGAAAAAUCUAGAAUGGGCCUCGUACAACAUCGGAAUCUUCCUGUGCACCCGGUGCUGUGCGGUCCAUCGCAGCAUGGGCGCACACAUAUCGAAAGUGAAGCAUCUCAAGCUGGACAAGUGGGAGGACAGCCAAAUCCAGCGCAUGAUCGAGGUCGGCAACAAGGCGGCGAGACUGAAAUACGAGAAUCGAGUACCUGCAUGCUACCGAAGACCGAAAGAAAAUGAUCCACAAGUGCUGAUCGAACAGUGGAUAAGGGCCAAAUAUGAACGGUUGGAAUUUUGCAUGAUCGAACGGCCGAGCUACACAUCCGGCCGGAUGGAAGGAUUCCUAAUGAAGCGCGGCAAAGAGGAUAGCCGCUACCAGCCGCGCAAAUUCGUACUGUCCGGGCUGCAGGACACGUUACGUUACUACGUGAAGGAAAAGCGCGAACCAAAGGCCGUUCUGCGAAUAUCGGAACUGAACGUGGUAUACGCACCGUCCAAAAUUGGCAACCCAAACUCGCUGCAGCUAACGUUCAUGAAAGAGGGCACCACGCGUCACAUUUACGUUUAUCACGACGAUCCGGAAGUCAUCAACAAUUGGUACAUGGCGAUACGAUGCGCCAAGCUACACCGUCUCCAGAUCGCAUUCCCGAGCGCAUCCGAAAGCGAUCUCGUCGACCUGCUGACGCACGAUUUUACGCGGGAAGGUUGGCUGCUGAAAACGGGCCCACGAGCAACCGAUAGUUACAAACGGCGCUGGUUUACGCUUGACGACCGGAAGCUAAUGUACCACGACGAUCAGCUCGAUGCACACCCGAAAGGGGAAAUCUUUCUCGGCAACCAGCUCGACGGUUAUAGCGUCCGAAUCGGGGCGCCACCCGGUGCCAAAGAUCAAGGUUUCAGCUUUACGCUGUUCACACCGGAACGGGUGUACAAUAUGUCGUCCCACAGUGAGCAAGAUCGGGACGAAUGGAUUACCGCGAUACAGACCGUGCUGGAACGACCGCUCAGUCCGCAGGACAACUCAAUAUCUGCUCGACUAAUACGCAAGCGUGGUGGCACCAACCCAAAGAGUAUCUUUACGGGUAGGUAAUAUAGCGUACAAAAUCCCUCGUCCACUCGUCCCACGAGCUGCUGCUAUUAUGCGAUGCAACGCGAUCAGUGCGUAAGCAUGUGCUUUCUUAUCGUUUUUGCGCUCGCUCUCCGCUUCGUAAUGAUUGGACAAACAAAUACCAUCACUGUGGUAGGGCAUUGUAACUCAACAAAGUCAUAACAUUUUAUUCUUCAGCCUGAUUGAGGCGGGCAAAACGGAAUGGGUGUAGAAACAGAGCUCAAACUCUAAAAAGAAAAUACGUAGAUUAUUACACGCACCCACUUUUUAAUAGAUGGAAAAGAAAAUCAGCGUAAUGAGCUGGUGGUAAGCGGUAAUAAUUCUCCAUUUUUACUCUCAGUUUUAGACAUUAGCUGCAGCACAAUUCAAUUAUUUGCCUGUCCUCCUGUUUACAAACGGGAAUAUCCUCUGGAUGGUAUUUAUUUUCAUAAUGUAUUUUCGUUAGCUUUGUGAAAUGGGAUCCUACACUAAAGAUAAGUGCAAGAAGACGUUAAUUAUAGAAGAAUACAUACGAUGUCAGCCUCUCCCACUCCCACAUACGGGCGCAUAGACUAGUUGAGCGCGAAAUAUCGAUCUAUUUAUUGACGGACACGGAGUUUACCUAAGGUACCGAGAAGCGCAACAAGCAGAUACAAGAGGUCGCUGGGAAAUACUCGGGCAAAUGUAAUAAUUUACAAUGUUUUUGAAAAAAAAGAACUAGCAGGAAAGAAUCGGAGGCGCAGAUGUGUGGGAAUUUAUUUUGCACAUUCGCAUUCUAUUCCCGCAGUGGAUGGUCCAGCAACAAACAAUGCUGGAGGAUAUUUUUUCGUCUUUCUGUUUAUUAUUUCCUUUCUGCUUAAAGCGCACAGAUGCACAAAAUUAAUCGUACUAUUAAUUGAAAAGGCACGCAUUUUUGAUGCAACACAUUAGAGCAAGAACAAAUAAUAUAGCAAAGUCGCGCAUUGUUGUGGAUAGCACAAGGCACUGUUUCGUUUCUGUUUAGAUAAAAGCGGUAAGCUUCGGCACAUAAUGGAUGAUAACGAUAUUAUGGAGAACGAAACGAAAUUUAUUGAAGGGCGAACAUUUGUAACUAAACAGCAUAAAUAAGUUAAUAACAUAAUUUCUACUCUCUACCACACAAGAGGGAAUCAAAUUUAGAAGUACAUUUUGCUUACAAGUUUUUGUAAGCGCAUUAGAUAGGCAAAACAUUAAAAUUGAUCUAAACUCGUGGUGCAUUUGAAGUUUGUUGAGCGGAAUCGGUGCUAUGCCAGGUCCGUAACACAAAACAAUCACUACGCAAAGCAGCGAAGGAGAAGGUGUAACAUGCUGUUGAAAUAACUGCAAUACCACGUGGGCAUCGGAAGCAACUAGCCAAACGUGAUUGCGUACGUAGUUUUAUAUCGCUGGCACUAUACUACCACGUGGUUCCUAGCCUCCGAGGGGUGGCGCAAAUAGCUCUCAGCAGGGACAGUUGCAGAUAAACUGCCGUUAACGUUCAGUGUUCAGCGCCGGUUUAAGCGUGUUUUUCUUUUCAUUUUUGUAAUACGAUGUUUCAUCACAUACACAACAACUCCAGAAACUCUGCUCAAACUCUUUGUUUUAUUGACGAAGAAGUGUAAAAACCAACCAUAAUAAGAAGAACAAGGGAUGUAACGACCAAAAAGGCGUGUCCUGUCGGACACGGUUGAUGCAUCGAAACGAAACGAAAUGCAACAAUGAAAUCAAUACUGCCCUCAUAUAUGCAAUUCGCACACAACCACAUGAUUUCGGGUCGUGCGGAAUCCAACAAUCGUAAUGUAUGUAUGUAUGUAAGUGAGAGAGAAUAUUUGGAGACACGAGUAAAAACAAAAACUACAAUAAUCUGCCAAAAAUAGCUAAAUAUUAGGAAAGUCGUACAGGGUUACGAACGAACGAUUCGUGAGACGAUACAGAAUGUCUUUAGACGAUACGGACGCUGGAGACUGUGGACAGCAACGAGAGUAAUAAAAAUAAAUCUUCUACUUUGAAAUACACGAAACGACACGGGAUAACGAA